CCCACCCACCUCGAGGGCGGGGCUUGGCUGCACCCCAGUGUGGCGGCGUUAAAUGCCGCCAGCUGGCAGGAGUGAGUGUGGCACAGAGCCUGCCUGGACAGAGCGGCAGCACCAUGGCCGGCAAGAAAGUCUGCAUUAUAGGCUCCGGCAACUGGGGCUCGGCCAUUGCCAAGAUUGUGGGGAGCAAAGCAGCCCAACUGGCACGCUUUGACCCAAAAGUGACUAUGUGGGUGUUUGAGGAAGAAGUUGGGGGCAGAAAGCUGACUGAGAUCAUCAACACGCAGCAUGAGAAUGUCAAGUACCUGCCCGGACACAAGCUGCCCCCUAAUGUGGUGGCUGUCCCAGAUGUCAUCCAAGCUGCCACCGAUGCUGACAUCUUGAUCUUCGUGGUGCCUCAUCAGUUCAUCGGCAAGAUCUGUAAUCAGCUCAAGGGCCACCUGAAGACAAGUGCUAUUGGCUUAUCACUUAUUAAGGGAGUAGACGAGGGUCCCAACGGUCUGAAGCUCAUCUCUGAUGUGAUUGCGGAGUGCCUUGGCAUCCCCAUGAAUGUGCUGAUGGGAGCCAACAUUGCCAGCGAGGUGGCUGAGGAGAAGUUCUGUGAGACAACCAUCGGCUGCAAGGACCUGGCGCAGGGACAGCUCCUGAAAGAGCUGAUGCAGACACCCAAUUUCCGCAUCACUGUGGUGCAAGAGGUUGACACAGUCGAGAUCUGCGGGGCUUUGAAGAAUAUAGUGGCUGUAGGCGCUGGCUUCUGCGAUGGGCUAGGCUUUGGCGACAACACCAAGGCAGCGGUGAUCCGACUGGGGCUCAUGGAGAUGAUUGCCUUUGCGAAGAUCUUCUGCCGUGGCCCCGUGUCCUCUGCCACCUUCUUGGAGAGCUGCGGCGUUGCAGACCUCAUCACUACCUGUUAUGGAGGGCGGAACCGCAAGGUGGCCGAGGCCUUUGCUCGCACGGGAAAGCCAAUUGAGCAGCUGGAAAAAGAGAUGCUGAACGGACAGAAGCUGCAGGGCCCCCAGACAGCCCGGGAGCUUCACAGCAUUAUCCAGCAGAAGGGCCUGUUGCAAAAGUUUCCCCUCUUCAUGGCUGUGUACAGGAUCUGCUAUGAGAACCUGCCAGUGGCUGAAUUCAUCCAGUGCCUGCGCAAUCACCCAGAACACAUGUAAGUGGGCCCAGAGCCCAGGCCAGGAAGGUUCUUGACCGCAACGAAGACAGUCAGAAGCUUGGGGUAACUGGCCACUAGGAUCUCUGGAACACCCCCUGGAAUAGCCUCCUCUUGACUUUUCACUGAAGGACAGGACGCUGUGGGGCCCAGCGAUCUGCCUAGAAAUCCUCGACCACCCAAGUAGCCUGCAACUGUGUUCUACUCCAUCUCUCCAGAAAUAGAGCUUCCUUGCCCCUCUCCUUAUGUGGAGUUUUGACCCUGUCUGUCUGCUGGGAGGGGAAAGAUCAAGCCCAAGUGUGGCUUUACUUGAGUGUGUGGGGCGAAAGGUGGAGAGAACGAGGCCAAGAGCUGCCCACUGCUGCCUCAAAGACCGGGAAUCCUGUCCGCAAGCCCGGCGUGGUGGUUAGAGACCAUCAGCCACGAGAGGAAUGAGGCAAGGGCUGACUGGGAGGGGUCGAGACGAUGGAGAUGACCGAGGCCCCAGGACUCCUCUGCUCUGACCUCUGCCAGGCCCCACACAGCAUCAAUGGAUCUCAGUGUUUGUUAACAAAAUACAAAGAUCUCAAACA